AUGGGGAUAAUCAAUGGCAUCAGCCUGCCGCGGAGAAUCGGCCGCCUGGUGCUCUUCAGCGGCCUCGUGCUCACCGCCUUGGUCGUGUAUUACCUGACCUCGGCCGGCCGAGUCCAGCCCGUCUUCGUCCCGAGCUCCUUCGACUGGUCGGCGGUGCAGCAGCAUCACGGCGUCAAGGACAUCAAGCCGCUGCCCACGGGCAAGCCGGCGGCGCUUCCCAGGAUCCAGGCGGAAGCCGGGGCCUUUGUCCACUCUGCGGUCAAUGAGAAGCGGCGCAGUGCCGUGCGGCGGGCCUUCAAGCGCAGCUUCGACGCCUACAAGAAGUUUGCGUGGAUGAGGGACGAGCUGACGCCCGUGUCUGGAUCGGCCAAGGAUCCCUUUGGCGGCUGGGCUGCCACGCUGGUCGACUCCCUGGACACGCUCUGGAUCAUGGGCUUCAAGAACGAGUUCGCCGAGGCUGCGGCCGCCGUGGGCGCGCUGGACUGGUCCGUCACGGACUCGACGGCGGCCAACAUGUUUGAGACGACGAUCCGCCACCUCGGAGGGCUGCUGAGCGCCUAUGACCUGAGCGGCGAGCGCGUGCUGCUACGCAAGGCGAUUGAGCUGGGCGAGAUGCUGUACCUGGGAUUCGACACGCCCAACAGGCUGCCCGGCUUCUGGCUCGACUUUGCAAAGGCCAGAUCGGGGAGGCUGGUGGCUGGGACCAACGACCCGUCGGCGUCGCCGUGCUCGCUGAGCAUGGAGUUUACAAGGCUGUCGCAGCUAACGGGCGACAGCAAGUUCUACGAUGCCACGGAUCGGGUGACGCGCUUCCUGGAGAGGAUCCAAAACGACACGCUACUGCCGGGCAUGUGGCCGACGACGCUCAACUUCCAGUCCGAAAAGGCUGUGGACAGCAGCUUCACGCUCGGUGCGCUGGCGGACUCGCUGUACGAGUAUUUGCCCAAGAUGCAUGCGCUACUGGGGGGUGUCGACGAUGUCUACGAGAGGUUGUACCGCAAGGCCAUCGAUGCGGCGGCGAAGAACCUCCUGUUCAGGCCCAUGCUGCCGGAUGAGGACGACAUCCUGUUCAGCGGCGAGUUCAGCGCUGGUAGUGGGCUCUCUGCUGACAGCCAGCACUUGACGUGCUUCGUCGGCGGCAUGUUUGCGCUUGGGGGCAAGCUCUUUGACAUUGACGGCCACGUCGACAUUGGUGAGCGUCUCGCGCGAGGGUGCGGCUGGGCGUACAGCCGGUUUCCCACAGGCAUCAUGCCCGAGAUCUUUGGCAUGGUGGCGUGCAAAUCGCUGGAUACGUGCCCCUGGGACGAGGAGCGCUGGGACAAGGAGGGCGGCAAGACGCUGCCCAAGGGCUUCACGCACGCGCGGGACAAGCGGUACAUUCUGCGGCCCGAGGCGAUUGAGAGCCUCUUUGUGCUGUACCGCGUCACGGGCAAGGCGGAUCUGCAGGACAUUGCGUGGGACAUGUUUGAGGCCAUCAUGAAGGCGACGGAGACGGAGCUGGCGAAUUCUGCGAUUGAGGACGUGACGGUUCUGGGGCCGACGAAGAAGCUGGAUUCGAUGGAGAGCUUUUGGAUGGCAGAGACGCUCAAGUACUUUUAUCUCAUCUUCUCGCCUCCAGACGUCAUCAGCUUGGAUGAGUACGUGCUGAAUACGGAGGCACAUCCCCUCAAGAGGCCGGGAGUGGAACUGAAAUAG